CGCUUGACAUGUAAAUUGUAUCUAUAGUUUGAAGUAGCGUACAUAUACAGUAACUUAAAUCUCGACGUUGACGAUAGAGGUUACAAAACAACAACAACAAAAAACUUUACAGACCAACGUUAUCUUUUCAGAAUAAACGUCUAAACGCAUGAACAUCUUUUAAUGCGAACAAUCUUAACGCUUGCCCUGUACGUGGAUUGAUUUUUUUCUCCAACAUUCCCCCAGCAGAUGGAUUUUUGCCAUUGCAGCUCAGCAGAGGGUGUCAGAUCUUCCAGUGAGCACCAGGCUGGAACGGACAGAGCCUCUUAGUAACCCUCUUUGUAAUUCAAAAACACAAAAAGAAAGCAAGGGAAACAGAAGAAGAAAGGGAGAGACGCAAGGAUUGCGGAUUUUUACCAAUACAUUGUGAUCAGCAGUAAAUCUUGGGUCUGGGGCGUGAUUUCAGCACCAAGAGAAAAAGAACAGCACCUAGUGAAAACACCGCACAGCAAGAAAACCACGAAUUGUAAAUUUUGCAAGAGAGGUGAAGUAAGAAAAGAAAUACCGGACCAGUUCUUCCAUUCCUUAAUUUCAUUCAUGUCUUGAAAUCGGGGAUGAAUUGUUCUUAUUGAAAAUGCUGCUUUGGAUUGUGUUGCUGAAGGCGGCUCUUUGUGUUGCUAUUGGAAAUGUUACAAGGGACAUUUGUAAAGAGGAUAUCUGCUCCUGCAAUGAGAUAGAAGGCGAUUUGCACAUUGACUGCGAAAAAAGGAGCUUUUCCAAUUUGCAUCAUUUGACAGCCCCAAGUUCUCAAUUUUAUCACUUAUUAUUGCAUGGAAAUUCCCUGACUAGGCUUUUCCCUAAUGAGUUUGCUAACUUUUAUAAUGCUGUAAGCUUGCAUUUGGAAAACAACGGUUUGCACGACAUUGUUCCUGGAGCGUUUUUGGGACUGCAGCUUGUUAAACGGCUACACAUAAAUAAUAACAAGAUCAGAGCAUUCAGGAAGAGUACAUUUUUAGGCUUGGAUGACCUGGAAUAUUUACAGGCUGAUUUUAAUCUGCUGAGGGAUAUUGACCCAGCCGUAUUCAGAGACUUAAAUAAACUUGAAGUUCUGAUUUUGAAUGACAACCUCAUCAGCGCACUUCCGAUUAAUGUUUUUCAGCAUGUACCAAUAACCCACCUCGACCUUCGCGGGAACAGAAUUAAAACGUUGCCUUAUGAAGGAAUCCUUGAACAAAUACCGGGGAUUGCUGAAAUUUUACUGGAGGAUAACCCAUGGGACUGUGAUUGCGAUCUGGUUUCAUUAAAAGAAUGGUUGGAGAACAUUCCACAAAAUGCUCUUAUUGGGAGGGUUAUUUGCGAGGCCCCAACUCGAUUACAAGGACGCGAUUUAAAUGAUACCUCAGAACUGGAUCUGUGCCCUUCAAAAAACGGGAUUGACUCCAGUUUGGUUGCACCUCCUACCCAAGAGGAGACCUGUGAUCCUGGACCGAUUCCAACACCAUAUAAAAUAAAUGGGGAAAUGGAGGCUCCAACUUCAGGAUCUGGGCAUAAGGGGCGUUCAAAAUCACGCGAAAACUGGCAGCUGAAAACCAGACCCACAGCUAGAAUAUCAACUGUUAAUGUGAAAACUGAUCGGGUUUACAACGCAUCAUGUCCACUGUCUUGCAGCUGUAAACUGCUUGCUUCUCAGCAAGGGCUAUCAGUUAAUUGCGAAGGUAAAAAAAUACAAAGUCUAGCAAAUCUGAAGCCGAAACCUUUAAAUGCGCAGGAAUUGAAUCUUAGAAACAACAGUAUCCACACAAUCAAAAAAAAUCAUUUUCAUGAUUACAGAAACCUAAGUGUUCUGCACUUGGGCGGCAACAAUAUUAAGCUAAUUGAAAACAGUACUUUUCAAAAUCUAACCGAGCUAAGAUGGCUCUACAUGGAUAAGAACUACUUGGAUUCCCUAAUUCCAGAAAUGUUUAUAGGAUUGCAAAACUUGGAAUUUCUCAGUUUGGAAUAUAACAACAUCCAACUCAUAUUGGCUGGUACAUUCAAUCCAAUGCCUAACAUAAGAGUAUUACUCCUCAACAACAAUUUAUUGAAAUCCUUGCCUGUGGAUGUUUUUCUCGGCGUUUCUUUAUCAAAAAUCAGUCUGCAUAACAAUUAUUUUACAUUUCUUCCCGUCACCGGUGUUUUAGAUCAGUUGAUGUCUAUUACUCAAAUUGAUUUGCAUGGAAACCCAUGGGAUUGUUCGUGUAACAUUGUACCUUUCAAACAAUGGAUUGAACGGUUUGGGUCUGGCGUUAUAGUGAGCAGCUUGCAGUGUGAAUCCCCGGAGGAGUUCUGGGAAACUGAUUUCAGACACCUUAGAAAUGAUCUUUUGUGUCCCCAACUAUAUGACAAGAUACUCCCCACUCCUUUGUCUAAAAACAGUACUUUUACUGCGGAUACAGGCUCACGGUCCAAUUCCUAUCUAGAAACAAGCAGAGUGUCCAUUUCCGUGUUGGUUCCCGGACUGCUUCUUGUUUUUGUCACAUCUGCAUUCACCGUGGUUGGAAUGCUUGUCUUUAUUCUGCGAAAUCGUAAGAGAUCAAAGCGAAGAGAAGCAAACUCUUCAGCAUCUGAGAUAAAUUCUUUACAGACAAUUUGCGAUUCGUCUUAUUGGCCCAGAGGGAUUUACCACGAUGGAUCCCACAGAGUUUAUGAUUGUGGCACCCACUCGCUUUCAGAUUAGAUAUUCGCUGAUGCGGGGACAGAAGGGGUACUAGUUCAAACAUAAACACAAAGAUUGUGUUUUGUUGCAAUGACAAGUGAAAGCAAAUGUUAAACGCUUCAUAUAUUCGCUUUGUCGGAUGGCUUUUUUCUUGGUUGUUUGCAUCAUUGGACUGUAAUGCCAGUGUGUAAGUAUCUGAUAUUGAAGCAACUGUAAAAUAUGUAAAGACCCGCUCCAAUACAGAUAUUUGUUGCAGUCAGAUGGAAUACGUGAGAAAGCAGACUGAGUCAGAAAAGCUGCACGAGCGCAUGAAUGUAAUGUACAUAGAUAUCAUAGCUGCAUGAUUCGCAUGAUCUCGACAAUUCACUGGGAUCCAUAUCAUAAUUAAAUUUGAAGCAUUCUACCCCUUCGUUAAUGUUAUAUAAAUAUAUAAAUUAUAUAUAAAUAUAUUCAAAGUGCCAUUUCUCUAUUUUUUUGUGAAGACUCAGUAAAAUUUGUAUUCGUUGUUUUAAAAUGUUACAAAAAAACAGAACAAAAUAUAUGCAUGUUAUUUUUAAUUAUUUGAUUGUUCAUGAAUUUCAGGAUAAUUUAUGCUUCGUGCGGAUUUUACAUAUCUGUUCAGGCAUCUCCUUCUGAAUGUAAAAUUUGUAAUCCUUAUAGUGUGCCAGUUGUAAACUUUCAAAGAUUCUGAUGCAGUUAAGCAUGACCAAUUAACGUCACUCUAGCGCUUAUGCUGCAAAAGUAAUGUUGUAAAAUCGUCCGUGCUGUUGUGUUAAUAAGUAAAAGAACAAAACAUACUUUGGGUAAGAAAGUAAGGCUUACCAAAAUAUUAAAGGAUUUUAUAAUGGCAUAUUUUUUCAAAAUUAAAAUGUUUUCAACUAAAUACAAUGUUUCGGUAUUUGUAUAGCCAAUUAACAUCUUCUUUAGCAUAUAUAGAUACUCAAACAAAAGCCUUUUAUUCAUUCUUUCGUUAAAGCAUGUUUUUCCGUUCUAGAUGUCAACAGUUUAAAGUCAUAAAGGUUAAGUUAUAGUGGACAAAAUAUUUAUUUUAAAUAAAUAAUAAUAAUUUAUUGUAAUCGUAAAUAUAAGAUUUCAUUUACCCAAAUGAACAAAAUGUGAUAUCUUAUUGAGAAUGAGUAGGGAAAAUCUGAGAAACAUACUACAUACUGUACUGCAAUAUGUUCUGGGGGCUGAAUCAUCACUAGUUAGUAAUUAGUCCGCAAUUUAUUUUCACUAAAGAAAACUCAAGAGGUCGCUGUUGCACCUCCACUGUUCUUGGCAUUUAAAACGAGCACGAAAAUACAGGUAUCAGAAAAUUUUAAUCUGCAUUUUAAGUAACAUCAUAUAUGGAUGUAAUUGGUAAUACAGCUGUAAAAAAAUUAAACAGGUAUAAAGUUUAGGUUGUACUUUUGGAAUAGAUUAUGCAGGGUACAGAUUUUAAUUUAAGUGCUUUUACAAAACAAGAGUGAUAGAAAUAGCUAUUUGAAAUGCAGUAGUAGAAAAUACUGUGAGACAAUAUAUAAUUUGUUUUACAGAAUAUCACAUCUGUGCAUAGUUCAUAGUGUAGAGCCUUUGUCUAUAGUGGCCUUCAGCUGACAAAAUGGGAAAAAUACUUUCAAGAGAAUAAAAAUUAUUUUGUUUUCAUAAAAACAUUUUAUAUA